AUGUCGGCCAGACUCAACCUCAUGAUUUCAGGAACAUUCCGCCCAUGUAAGAAAGGGAAGCAUUGCAUUGCAGUACCAUCUCGGCGGUCGUGUAGAACCAUGGGACGAGCACAAGCCAGCAAGGUCGCCCGGCCACCAAUGAACCAUCUCCAAUCGCCUGCUCCCCAAAAUAGCACAGCAGAAGCACCUGGUAUGGAUCGAUGUUAUCUUCAGUCCUCCCGCUUAGAAGGUUACCUCUGCUCCCUGACCAAUCCUUAUGGUACCUUGAGCCCCUCUGAUCUGGCAUGGAAGGGAUGUGUUACUAAGGUUGAUGGUCUGUGA